CAUGGAGUCUGUUUGUGCAGACGACACUGUCAAUGCAAAUAUUUAUUUAUUGGCAUAGAAUGAGUGGUAAUAGUUCUAAAGAUAAUGAUGUAUGCCGGCCUGAUGAAGCAGUUGACCCAAGAGUUCAGAUUGAGUUGGAGAGAUUAAAUGCGGCCACAGAUGACAUAAACAAACUAGAAGUUGAUUUAGAUGAAGCAAGGGCAAGUUUCCGUCAACUCUUAUAUGAGUCAUCCAUAAGGAUAGAUGCACUUGGCAAGAAACUUGGUAAUUGUGUUGAGAAAGCAAGGCCUUACUAUGAGGCUCGGAUUACAGCUAAAGAGGCGCUUCAAGAGACACAAAUGGCAGCAGUAAGGUUUGAAAGAGCUAACUCUGCUCAUUCGGCUGCCAAGGAAAUGGUCUACCUGGCAGAAGAAGGACUGUGUACUGAGGGCCGCACGUUUGAUCAUGCAUGGCAGGAAAUGCUCAAUCACGCCACCAUGAGGGUGAAUGAAUCAGAACUGGAGAGAACUUUAAGCGAGGCUGAGCAUAGAAGAACCUCACGUUCAUAUCAACAGGCUGAAGUCAUAGUUCAACAACUGCAAAAGGAACUGAAACGGUCUAUUGCUAAGUCGAGUUACAACAUUGGUCGUGCCUUAUCUCAUUGUAAUGUCUUGGCAGCUACUUUGUUUUUAACUGGGUUGCCUUACUUUGAAAUGAAGGCCCAGUUCAACCAGUUAUUAGAGGAACAAAAAAAGAAAGUGAAGCAGUUGGAAAUCAAAGUUUCUUCAGCCAAAGCUAGCUAUGCUGAAGCUCUUCAUAAUCUUGAACAAAUCAGCGAUGAGAUUCACAGAAUCCGUAAGAACCAUUCAGAGAUGGGUUUAGGAGCAAGGAGUGCUGGAGUUGGAGCAGAUUCACCUCUGACUCCUGUGGUGCUCUCUCCAGACUCCCGCAACACCUCUGCCACUGUCAGCAGCUCCACCAAUCCUGACACAGAUCGUUGGACGGAUUCUGUAGGUUCAUCUGAUUCAGAGACCCAAGAGGAAUAUCUCAGAUUACCAGACAAAUUGGGCUCCUCCAGUUCACCAAUAGUGCCACAAAAUGUUCACAAGGACGAAUCAGAACAGUCGGAAUAUUUAAGUCUUACAUCUCUAUCAGACAACAAGGUAAAAUCCACUAGCUUCCAGUAUUUAAAAAAUAAUGAAGAAUUCACUGCAAAGAAUUCACCAAGUUCUCAAAUCCAAUCGUCACAACCAUAUCAAUUACUUAAUAAAAAUGAAGUGUGUAGAAAGAAUAAAGGAGAUAAUGUUGAGACGUCGGAGGAAGAAAAUAUGAUUCAAUCACUAUUUUCCAAGAUUGUCCCAGCAAAACUGAGAACUGGGAAUCCACAAGGUUCUGCCAUCAGUAACAUUUCCACAGCAAAAGUUCCCAAUCAGAUCAUAAACAGUAUAUCUAGCAGUGUUGUAAGUGACAACUCAGUAUGCGCUGAUGAUGCUUCAUCGUUCAAGGAUCUGGGUAAUCUGGAAACCUGGUCCGAGGUCAGCCUCACGUCUCCCGAAUACGAACGACACAAGGGUGAAGUGUGGACUGAAGUUAACCUUAAUGAUUCAUCCUCACCUAGCUCUGACUUGCCUGAAAAUCAGGAUUCUAAAGUAACUACAAUCGAAGGUACAUCAGUGAGUACGAAAUCAAAAUUGGACUCAAGUUUAUCAACAUGGAUUACCCGGUCAUCUGCAGAGCAAGAAAACAGUUCAAGACGACAGAGUUUGGACACCCUCAUUCUGGGAGGUUUAGCCACUGGAGAAAGAGUAAAGGAAAUUUUCUCCCAAGGAAUUAUGAAACUUAACAUAUCUUCGCUAACUGAUCGUCGGUCCAGUGAGCCCAAGUUUGAGAAAACUGGAACGGGUGUUCAUUUACCAGCCACUAAUUCUGCAUCACUCUCUGUUAAGAAAGUUCCAUCCCCAUUGGAAAAGUCCAUGAUUUACUUACAUCCUGAGGAUGAUUCUACAUCAGACAGUGAGAGCUUAGCAAGUGUGGAGAUGCUAACAGAUGACCAAAUAUCAUCAUUGAUGCUGGAGCAAGAUCUGCAGGAAGUGUGUCAGAAUGUAUUGGGCACGCCCAUCUCUGAAGUUGCACCUUUGUUUGCCUCUCAAAAUCACCUCUAAAUUUCUCCUUACCACUCUUUAAUAGGAACACCAACAAUAUGGGUUCUACAGUCAAUGAAUGGUGAAACGGCUCUGAGCAAUUACUGUUUAGUCAUUAUAAACUAUGUAGGUCUAUAACGUAUGCAUUAAAAUGUAGACAAUACUUGUAUUAUUUUUGUAAAUAUUAUGAUUUAAUUCUUUGUAACUCAGGAGAAAGUUUUAUUUCAAUUAUUGCUAUACUUUUGUUGUUUAUCAAUACUUAACUAUUUGUCUAUUUAAAAUAGAAUAAAAUUGUGAUCUCAGCUUAAACCAGUGCUUGUAGAUUUGAAUUAGUUAGUGAAGGCUUUUACAAGCGUUGUAGUUGUGUUAAAGAAAUGUUCUUUACUGCUGGCCAUUAUUAUUUUGAAAACAUUCUAUAUGAAUCUUUUAUUUCAAAUAUAUUACAAGAAAGUAAAAUGCACACUGUUACACAGAAGUUUUAACUAACUAUUGAACUCUGUAGUAGACCCCAUUGUAAUGGCUGCACAAGCUACAAAAUUUCAAUUGUUUAACAAGGGGUCAAUGUACAUAAUUAUAAAAGUAUUUCUAAACGGAACAAAUGUUUUUUUAACUUCUAUCAUUUAUAUUAUUUAUACUAUAUGCAUUUGCAAUAUACUUAAAUCUCAAUACAUAGUAGGAUAUGAACUUUAUUUCUUUUCAUUAUAUAUAAUAUAAUGUAAAAUUUUGCGUGAGGGGAAGAAUGAGAGAAAACAUUUAACUGUUAUCAAUUGGUGGUAGCCAUUACUAACUGAUAUGGCUAGAUAAAACUUUGUAUUUUUAAAUUGUAAAAAUGGUAAAACUGUAUUUGUAAUAACACAAGUUAACUAUUUUGAUGUUUUUAAGAGGUAUAACACUCGUGAACCAUAUAAAAUCAAGGCUUAUAAGGACAUUAUUAGUUUUGUUCAAGUAAAUCUGUACUGUUAUUAUAUCCAUAAAUUAUAACUUGCAUCUUCUCUAUUAUAUAAAAAAGUGUCUUGCCAAUAUAACAGGCAUAAAUAUGUGAUAUGUUAUCAACAAUGAACAUACUAGACCUUAAUUUUCUGUAUUAAAUUGCUUUUUUAAUUACGCUGUAUAGUACAAUCUACCAUAUCCAAACCUGUGAUAUCUGAACUCUACCAUAACCAGGCUGGUUCUGAUUAUGGGUUCUUCCAUGAAAUAAGCACACUUUAUACUGAAAACACACCCAUUUUAUUCCUUAUAAUUAAUUACUGGUUGGGAAAGUAGGAUCAGAAUCGAAUAGCUGAGGUUUGGUAGCAUCUAGAAGCUAUAAGUUGUGUCUAAGAGAUAAGAAAACUUUACACAAAGCUUUUAGACAUUUGUGCAUGAAUAUAUUAUUGCUAAAAUUCUAUAAUUACUUUCUAUAAGGACUUUUUGUAUUGAUAAUUAUUAGAUAGGAUAACACCAUCAAAUGAAAGUAAUUAAGUUUAUCUCAAUAAAACAAAUAUUUUAUUUUUGUAAAUGGAUAUUAACAUAUUCACUACUGAAGAGGCAUUUAUACGUCAUUACAUGCACAUACAAUUCUAAUGCCUCUGAUGCAUGUAUUCACCUUAGCAGACAUGUCUUCCACCAUUUUGUGGCUCAGCUGAUCAAUGUGUCACUGAUUCCUGGUUGUAGUGGUCAAGUUUAUAGGUUACUCAUCUGAAUUGCAUUUUGUUCUAGAUUUGAGUGGAUGUUUUAGAUUUUUGAAACCAAAAAACAAGGAAAAACUCUACCAUGAGCAUCCACUUUUUAUUAUUCUAAAUUAUGUUUUUUAUGUGUGUACCAAAAAACUCCCUAAAGAUAAACUUGUGAUAAAGUUUUACAUAAAAGUAUUCAGCUCAUAAAAUCAUGUGGGCAUAUGUAGCACCAAAGAGUUGUAUUUAUUUUUUUUUUACUACACUAUAUUACAAACAAAACAUCAUUAUUUUAUAGAAAUAUUCAUAAAAUGCUAUUUCAAAGAAAUGUGUAGAAAUAAAUAUUUUAGUUAAUUUUUUAGGACUGCCUAUUUUAAAUAACUAGGUGGAGAUCUGCCAUAUUAUGUGUUUAAUAUAUUAUUUUCUAAUUCGUGUACACUUGUUCGUUAUUAGCAACUUAAGGUUAGGGUUCAUCGAGCGGGCAAUAUACCUUGUAUUCUGAAUUUUUGUAUUAUUUUACAUUUCAUUUUUUAAUUUGUGUGCACUUGUUCAAAUUUGAGAGCGAAAUAAAAGUCUUGCAGUGAUUAUUCUAUGAUUAUUUCGAUGAUGAUUUAAGAUACAGGUGACAAACCCUAUCUCUAGGUAUCUUUCUGGGGUAAUUCAAAAUUUAAUUAGUCUGAGACCUGUUUCUACAACUGUCAUGUACCCUUGGAAAAUCCCAGCAUAGACUAAGUCGAUCAAGGCAAGUGGCUUGGUUUGGGGUGGGGUCAUUAGAAAAUAAAAUACUGACUUCACAAAAGCUUAUGUCACCCCAUCAUUUGUGACAUUAUAACGUUGCCUAUGAGAUAUUUUUGUAUUUUAUAAGCAACAAAACAGAAAAGAGUUUGGUGUUUUGUUGUCGCCUGGGGUUCAAAGGGUUUAAUAAAUAAAAAUGUGCUUUUGUAACGGGGUGAGGAAAGUUGCAACAUUUGAGUGCAAAGUCUGUCCAGAACAACCAGCUAUGUUUAUUUAAACUUGUUUUUCAGAUUAACACAACAAAACUAACUAUUUAUUAAUUUGAAAACUUUUGUUGAUUAUUGAGUAUCAACUAAACCUGUUAAACAUAUAAAUGCUUCAUUAGGACAUAGCAUAAAAGAUUUAGAUUAUCAGAUAAUCAGUGAUUAAGCCAGCAGUGUUAAUGACACACAUGUUUACAUUUUUUCCGUUGAACAUUAGUGAAGUCAAUAACAAUGCCUUAUAGGUAAAAUGAAAUUUAUGAAUAUCUAUGUAAAAAGAUUAAAAUUGUUUCUUUGUCAUAGCCGAUAUUGAAAUUAUAGGUAAAAAUAAUCAGCAGUGAUUGUGUUAAAAAUUGUGCAGUAAAGUUUCUAGGUGUAUUCUAGGGAUUCAAAAAAUGACACUUUGUCUUUUAUAAACAAGUAUCUAAAAAAGCACAUGGUGUAGGGGGAGGGGUCACAAUUGAUCAGUACUAAUGGAUGCUUGAAAUUUCAAACUCAAUCUUUUUGAAAACAGUGUAUCAUAGCUAAAUUUUGCCAGGGAUUGUUUUUUUUUUUAUUCUCUUGAUUAGUUUUUAAAAAGAAAUCUUUUCUAUUACGUAUCUAAAAUGUCUUUUCCAAAAAUCAGAAUAUCCCAACAUUUUAUAAAAACAUUUUUAUUUUACUCAAAUUUAAUUUGUUUUACCAAGAAACCACUGAAUGACAAAGACCGGGAUAAUAGGUGCAUUGUCUUGAACGCAGUUGUCUGCCUUACUAAGUUAUAACUCCUAAGGGGUGCAUUUCAAGCUUAUGAGAAAAAAAGUUUGAUUUCUAUCCCUAAAAUAAGCCUUGAAAUUUCUUGACAUUAUAGAUAUAGAUAAACCUUUUAAUUUCCUCACAAGCACAUUUAAUAAAAGAUGUCAUAAUGUAUUCAGAUCUACUUGUAUUAUGUAACAUAUUUUAGUUAUUUAUUAGCUUUGCUGAUAUCAGUAGAGUUUUAUAUUCAUAGUUCCAUUUAGUAUUAUGUAAUUUAAUAGUUACAUCUGUGUAAUAUUAAGUAUAUCUUUUACCUUUUCAUUGGUGUUUGGUAUAAAACUAAAUAUAGAUAGGUAUCUUGCCUAUUUGAUAAAAUUUUUGAAACACUUGGUAUAUGAUUGAAAUGUCUAAUUUUAUUAUAUGGUUGGUGGAAAUGAUAAGAAGAAUGAGGAAAGAGAAUAAGGUUUAUGUGUGACAAAAAUGAUUAGAGAAAUCGUCUAGCUUGUAUAAAUAUGAUACAUUCUAACUAAAUCAUAAUUUAAGUUUGUUCCUCAUUUAUAGACACUAAAUUAUUCAGUGUGAUGUCUUCUUUUGCUUAGUAUCAGAGGUGGUUUCGAUAAAAAUGUACAAUCCCACAAUAUGCAAGUUUGAUUUUAUAUGUCUGUAGGUAUUAUACUAAAACUAUCACACAGAUAAUAUCUAGAUCACUGUCUAAAUUAUUUGUAUCUGAAUAGUUGUCAUUUGUAUUCAGAUAUGACAGGUUCCUUCUAUAUUAAUAAAAUGUACUAAAGGUUAGUAUUUAAUUACUUUAUUUGGAUUUUUACUGAUCUUUAAUAUUAUGCUCAUAUUGUGUUAACUAUUACACAAGGGUUAAAUUUUCUGUUGUAUUUUGCUUUUCUUUAUGCGGGAACUAGUGUAUUACUAAGGUUCCAGGUUUCCUCCCUGUACAUGGCCUUCAUUUUAGCUAUUAUAAACUGCAAAUUCUUCUUAUUGAUAUUAUAUUUGGCAAGGGUAUUUAUUUUCUAUUUGGUAACCUUAAUAAUGUUAAUGGUUCAUUAGAGUUUAAUAAGUUGUGCCUAAGGUAUUUUUCCAUCGCAAUAAAAUAAAGAGCAAUAUUAUCUUAAUAAGUUACAUAGUUUUAUGUGGUAUAGUUGUUUCCAAUUUUUGUACUGUUUCUGGGUGCAGAACUGCAAAACUAUGAACAUGUCUCUAAAUAUUCUGUGGAAUGGUGAAAACCCUUGUUUGAAGUAGAAUAAUUAACUGUGCCUUUGA